AUGGCGUUGGAGCCAUGGGAGGCUGAGGAUGAUCUUGUGAUCUGGUGCACUCUUGAUGAGGAAGGGAGUAUUCUGCUGAUGAAUGGACUCCAAGCGGGGACCCCUUCUCAGCAAAGCCAGUAUGGGAAGCUUCAUGCCAACACGUCAGACCAACAGCUAAACGGUGAUUAUGAUGCCCUGAAGAUCAGUGACAAGAAGAGGAACAAGCCCAGGAGAUGGAGGAGAGAACAGAGAGAGGAAGAAACCAUCUACUCUGGUACAGCCAAUAACAAGGAGGUAAUCCAACCAGACCCUGUGAUAGUUACACAACUGGGACAAAGUGUAUCUCUCAAUUGCUUUUGUCGAUCUCAGUUGUUCAGAGUCUCUUGGUACAAGCAAACUGUUGAACAGAAGCCUCUUCUCAUGGCAUCAUCAUAUUAUGGGAAUGAAAAGAGAGAAGAGUGAAGAAUGAAGAGAGGAUUUGGGUGCAACCUCCCUAAGAGGAACCUCAGCCUCUCUGAUGCUGGGACUUACUACUGUGCUAUGGCCUCAUGUGGGGAGAUACUAUUUGGGAACCAGGAAAUGCUCAGGGUCAGGGGCAGACAGAGUGGUCAGGCAGGUGUGCUCAGACAGUCUGUGUCUGAGUCAGUCCAGCCAGGAGAUUCUGUGACUCUGAACUGUACAAUACACAAUGAGACCUGUGCAGGAGAACACAGUGUGUAUUGGGUUAGACAUGGCUCAGGAGAAUCCCAUCCAGGAAUCAUUUACACCCAUGGAGACAGGAGUGAUCAGUGUGAGAAGAGCCCUGAGGCUGGGUCUCCUACACAGAGUUGUGUCUACAACCUCCCCAAGAGGAACCUCAGCCUCUCUGAUGCUGGGACUUACUAUUGUGCUGUGGCCUCAUGUGGGGAGAUACUGUUUGGAAACGGGACCAAACUGGAGAUCAAAGAAGGCUGUAGCCCACUCCAACACUCUCCCAGUCAGCAGAGAAAUAACCGUGGCAAGCUUGGACCUCGCAGUGGUGGGAGCUCCCAUCUGGGGCGCAAAAUAGAGGGAGCACUGUAG